AUGGAUAAAGUAGGCCUCUAUCUGAUAAAAUCUACUUUCCACGGUGACGAAGUCCACUCUCACGUUUUUGUGAUCCUCGGCGCGUCGGGCGAUCUAGCGCGUAAGAAGAUCUACCCUACAUUGUGGUGGCUCUACCGUGAUCGUCUCCUACCGAAAAAAACUUUCUUCAUUGGCUAUGCGCGUUCUGAUAUCACUGUCGAUACAAUAAGGGAGAAGUCGACUCCUUAUAUGAAGUCGGAGGAGCUUCAAUGUUUUAAUAAUUUUUGGAAAGACAACACGUACCUGAGGGGUAGCUAUACAGAAACCAAGGACUUUGAAGCACUUGAUAGAACUAUUGUAUCAAACUAUGGUCAGCUGGUGAACCGGAUCUUUUAUCUUGCCCUACCUCCCUCAACCUACAUGUCUGUAUCGUCACACUUGGCGGAGUGCUGCAAAAGUCAACACCCCGAUGUUUGGACUCGCUUAAUCAUCGAGAAGCCCUUCGGACGAGAUUUGGAGUCCGCUCGCAAGCUCUCCAACCACCUGGCUGGGCUAUUCCAAGAACAGCAGAUCUUUCGCAUUGACCACUAUCUUGGCAAGGAGAUGGUGCAAAAUUUACUCAUUCUGAGGUUUGCCCCUCUUUUCUUCGGCUUAUUCUUGUCGAGGGCAACGAAACAUCGACAAGUUGACCCGUUUGCCCUGUUGUCCCUUGAAAAACCUAACACAGAUGUAGCUACUUUGAUUUGA